ACCUCGCCCAAACAGAUCGCCAGUUCACCGUUGAUUUUUGAGUGAAACACUAGUGCUAUCCCGUGCUAUCCCCAAUUGUAAACAUGGUGUCGAUAUCGUUGGAUAACCCCCUGGUACAGACGUACAUCUUUUACUCCGCAGUACUAGCUCUGAAGCUGUUCUUUGUAGCUAUACUGACUGGCGCUGCCCGUGGAAAGAAAAACGUGUAUGCCAACCCAGAAGAUGCUGCAGCAAGGAAAGGAACAGUGAAGUACGAUGACCCAGAUGUGGAGAGAACAAGACGUGCUCAUCUGAAUGAUUUGGAGAACAUUCCUGCUUUCUGGGUGCUGGGAGCGCUGUACUUGACGACGGAUCCUGUAGUUGGCUGGGCCACACUGCUGUUCCGUGCGUUUGCCCUGGCCAGGAUCGCUCACACUGUCGUGUAUGCUGUCGUGCCCUUGCCUCCUCCAUCUCGUGGCAUUGCUUUCGGCGUGUCUUUCCUCGUUAAUGUGUAUAUGGGUGUUCAAGUAGUGUUAUAUUAUCUAUCCGCCAUGUAAAAGUUAAAACGAUGACAGUUUAAGAACAGUUUUAAUUUUUAAGUGUUUGUUAUUGUGAUGUUAUAGAUAUUUUUUUACUAUUAUUGGAGAUGUUAAGUUGUUACUUUCAUUUUUUGAAUGACACGGAGUACUCUAUGUAUGUCAGUAUGCUAAUACCUUGUUAAUCAUUGUAUUGGUGAUUGAAUAAUAUUUGCACAAAUGAAUGUUGUGAAACCGCUACGCAUUUAUUAAAAAUACUAUUUUUGUA